GUUCAGCUUCAUUUAGCUUGUGCUAGCGUGAGGAGGUUAUCUUUUUUUUUUAGUGGGGACUUGAGUUUGAGAUGGUUAUGCUGGGUGGAGCCUGCGUUGCUGUAUAAGGGGGCACGGGUCUCACAGGCUCAAGUUAUUCGCGAUGCUUCGUGCGAUGAUGGGCGUCCAGUUACUGGGUGGGUUUCUCCUGCUGUGCCUCUCGGCCAGCGCCGAGCAGAAGGCGGGUUCGGCUCAGUGUCCUCCCUGCGUGUUGUCCGAAUGCCCGGCUCUGCCGCCCGGGGGCUGCCCGCUGGGUGAAGCGCCCAGUCAGUGCCGCUGCUGCACCGUGUGCGCCGCCGGCCAGGGAGAGCGUUGCGGCGGCCGCGACUACCAGUACGGUCGCUGCGCCCAGGGCUAUGAGUGCGACCGCUCAGGCAGCAAGCGGAGGGGCCGGGGGCGAUGCGUCUGCAAAUCCCCCGAGCAGGUGUGCGGCAGCGACGGCAUCACCUACAGCAACGGCUGCGAGCUGAAAGCCGCGGCUCGGCGAGCGGAGGAGCAGGGAGGCAGCCCGCUGACCAGGGGCCACAAAGGAGCUUGCGAGAGAGCUCCAGUUAUUGUGACACAACCUCAGGAGAUUUGGAAUGUCAGUGGAUCACAAGUUUACCUCAGCUGUGAAGUUAUCGGAGUACCCACCCCCGUACUUACCUGGAACAAGGUAAUGAAAACCAAGACUGGCGUGGAAAAGGUCGAGUUAUUGCCUGGUGACCGUGACAACCUUGCCAUCCAGACUCGAGGUGGGCCGGAGAAGCACGAGGUGACAGGAUGGGUGUUGAUAUCUCCACUCACUCAAGGGGAUGCAGGAGAGUAUGAAUGUUAUGCAUCAAACACCAAGGGAGAAGCUGCAGCUACUGGAAAUAUACAUGUGGUUGAUAAACUAAAAAAGAAACCGUGAGUUAAAAUGAAGAAUUAACAACAGACUGAACCAUGAGCACAACUACCUGCAGGGAAUUCUGUGAAUGUGCAGAAUCUGGUGGUGUUUCUUUUCAAUAUAUUACAAAUUAAGUGUUACUGGGAUCUUUCUCUUUCUUGUAUACUGUAUUAAUUCAGUGAUUUGUGGUCUUAUGUAUCUUUUAUAUUUACUCUGCUUGCAAUUAAAUACUAUAAAUCAAUAAGAGGAACAGAGCAUUGUGUAAUCAAAAUGCAAAGAUAUGAAAUAAAGUUUAUAAAUAGCUUAAAAUACAACAUUUUAUUUGUUUUCACAACAAAACCAACUUACAACAUUGGCAAAAAAUAAAUUUACCAUUGAGAACAUACAAAUAAAAGGCACAGAGCAAGUGUGGUUGAAAUUCCAGACCGUAAGUAAUACCCUUUCUGUACCGUCUGGUGCACCCUGUCCUGCAGAUAAUUUUGCCAGUCACAUUUUACUUCAGCAUUUUGUCACAGUUCGACUGUGUGAAGAUCAUAUUUAGUUUAUGAAAUCAUCAUUCGUGGUGCAAUACUCAUUGACAUCAACUCCUGGAAGAGAAGUUUGCAGGCAUAGGGCAACCGUACCAAUGAAAUCUGCAAAUCAAAUACCAAGACAAAAAAAAAA